UCUACUGUUCCGGGCUAGUAUUUUCACCAAUGCAAAGUAUUAUUAGAAAGAUGUUUUCUGAUAGCAUACCCAAGCAAUUAAACAUACUACCACGGGUGAAAGAUUUAUGGAGCCCAGAACUACAAACACUCGAGGGCCAUUCCGAUGUGGUUUCUUCAUGGCCUUCUCCCCUGACGGGCAGACGAUAGCUUCCGGCUCGUGGGACAAGACCAUCAAGCUCUGGGAUACCAAGACCGGCAUGGAGCUGCAGGCGCUCGAGGGCCAUUCCAAUUGGAUUUCUUCAGUGGCCUUCUCCCCUGAUAGGCAGACGAUAGCUUCCGGCUCAGUCGACAAGACCAUCAAGCUAUGGGAUACCAAGACCGGCAUGGAGCUGCAGACGCUCGAGGGCCAUUCCGAUAUGGUUCUAUCAGUGGCUUUCUCCCCUGACAGGCAGACGAUAGCUUCCGGCUCAGGCGAUAACACUAUCAAGCUCUGGGAUGCCAAGACCGGUACGGAGCUGCAGACACUCAAGGGCCAUUCCGCGUCGGUUGGAUCAGUGGCCUUCUACCCCGACGGGCAGACUCUGGCCUCCGGCUCAGGCGACAACACCAUCAAGCUAUGGGAUGCCGAGACCGGUACGGAGCUGCAGACACUCAAGGGCCAUUCCUUGUCGGUCAGUUCAGUUAUGAACGAACCCAAUUUCAAUUCCCAUUCUCAGAUAUCUUUAUCGAAUGCUUGGGUCGCCCUAGGAGGUGAGAAUCUACUUUGGCUUCCUGCUGAGUAUCGGCAUUUUGCUUGCCAUGCUGUGAAGGACGCCACACUUGCUCUCGGGUAUAUGAAUGGUCGCGUUUCUAUUAUAGGAUUCCAUACGCCGUAGGUUGAAGUUCUUUACAUUCAACUUAGGUCUCUUAUUUUCUAAUAUCUUUGGAAAAGAAGGGUCUUAGAUAGCUGA